AUGGCCCGUCGGAAAGUCGCGCCAGAAAAUCGGAUCCGGGCCGCGCAGGCGUGCGAGAAUUGUAAGAGGAGAAAGCAGAAAUGCAACGGCACCUUUCCCUGCAACAAUUGCAGCAAGCGCCUGGUGCAGUGUCUCUUUUUCCAUCCGGUCCCCGCAACGGGCACAUCGCCAGUCGAGAGCACUGCGCCGCCCGAACAGCGCAGAAAUUCCAAGAAACGAAGCUUUGAGCAAAGUCCGACGGUAUCAGCAGCAUCAAAGCGACUAGCGCAAACCCCAUCCGAUUCAGCCCGCCAUGACCAGAAUAAUCUCUCUUUCGGCACGCGAGAGCGCUCUUAUCAGUCGCCCGCGCCACGGUCCCAACACCCUCGCGAUCCGUUCCCCGUGAUGAGUACGGCCAAUGGAGGCUUUCCGCACGUUGAGAAUGGCGGUGGACCGGAGGAGGCCGAUGAGGCCGAAUUGCAGGGCAUGUCGCGAAUGCUGAACGAUGGCAAGGGGAGGAUGCUCUAUAUUGGAGACUCUGCGCCAUUAUCUUACCUACAAACCAUCCGACAGCUCGUGAGCAGCGUGAUGGGCACCUCGGCCUUGACCGUCGAUCCCAAUCGGCACACCAUCCUCGAGGCAUCAGUCCAAACACCCCCGACAUACCCGCAUACAUAUACGCUGCCAGACCGAGAAGCUGGACUUUUCCUGGUAGAAUCUUUCUUUAUCAAUACGAAAGGAAUGCUGCACCUGUUUGACGAACGGUCCUUUAAGCAACGAGUGGAACGCACGUAUCACAACCCGCUGGCCGCAGAGCAGUCUUGGAUGUGUAUUUUAUAUCUUGUCUUUGCCGUCGGCCUCCAGUUGAGGUCUGCCUCGCCACAACCAACCCCCAAAGACGCCGCCAUUCUCAAACGGUUACUUUCCGACAAGUUUGAUCGAAGCGAACUGUUUUAUCUCGGAGCGAGGCAUCUCAAGGAUUCAGCCUCGGGGAUUGAAGACGGUGACUUUGCGUCUAUUCAAGCGCUGCUCCUAAUGACUCUGUAUAUGCUGUCUGUCGGAAAGCGAAACACAGCUUGGGCAUAUAUUGGCAUGGCCGUUCGUCUAUCAUACGCAUUAGGUCUGCAUAGAGUUGAAACGCAGCGGGUUUACGACGAGUCUGAGCGAACUUCGAUAUCUGUUCCUAGAAUCCUCCUCUGGCGAAGUCUUUAUGUGAUGGAUCGGUUCCUAUCCUCCUGUUUAGGCCGGCCCACCGCGAUUCAAGACGAAGAAAUAUCCGAAGAGCUUUUCCCCUCAAACGAGGACCUGCGCACUACCCCAGGCGCUAUCGACCACUUUGAAUUCGAAGCUCUGUCUGCAUCGAUGCGGGCAGCUCGGAUCCUGGGCACGAUUCUCCAUCAAAUUUACCGGUCUCGCAAAGUCUCGCUUCGAAUUGCGCGCAACGUCGCCGUAAGCAUACACGAAUGGACGCAGUCACUACCAGAAAUCCUGCAAUGGCGUCCUACUCCAAUCCCGCAUGACGAUCCGGGAAAAGCCAUGGGCCAACUGCACAUAUGGAUGACGUACUUUAGCACGAUAAUCCUCCUAACGCGGCCUUUCUUACUGCUGCAUGUCAAGAAAGUCAUUACCGAACAACAAAAAUCAAAAGCACAAGCCUCUCCCGAGGCCGUCACCAACUCGUCGGCCGAAAGUCGAGUUGCGGAAAACCCAGAGCUCAACAAAUAUUCUGCAGCGUGUGUUCGCUCAGCGACGCAUCUGAUCCGCGCCGUGCAAACGAUUCGCGUCAAGGGAUGCUUGCCGAGGCGGAAUCCUUUCAUCAUAAACUGGAUGUUUAUUGCAGCUCUCAUUGUCUUGACAAACUCUCUGUUCAACGUAUACGAGAACCACGAGAACGAUUCAAUAGCACAGAUUGCUGUUUUACUACAUCAGCAUUUCGGCGAGUGCGAUCCACUGGCGGCGCGAUACCUUCAAAUCCUCAACUCAUUCCUCAAAACGAUAUCCGACAACCGAUCCGCCAAUAUGGCAACAGCCAAAGAAUACGAGCAACACCAGGAUCCAAUUGAAAAUCUUUUCAAGCCCAGCAUGCAGGUUCCAGAGAUGGCUCAAGACGUAGCCACCAACUAUGCUGCAAUGCCCCAAAUGCCCACGAUGUGGAAUUGGGACCCCAACAAGCUACCCUCGGGGGAUAAUAUGUUACCGGAUAUCACAGCAUCAGGCCUAGCUAGUAUUAACGACCUUGGCGGCGACAGCGUCGAGGGUCUCGUCUAUCCAGGCUCAGAAGAGCUGCUAGGCCCGGAUCUGGGGCCGAUUAUGGAGGAGGUUAUUCACUUCGACACGCUCUGGCCGCUUGACGAGGACACGGGUCUGUACCAUGGAAAUAUACCAAUGUACGGGACAAGCAGUUUUUUAUAA